UUGGUGGUGCGGCAGCUGCCGGAGGAGGCGGGCUCUGGCGUUUCCUUGGCGACUGGAAGUGGAGGAGGGCUCGAGGCGGCAGGAUUCCGCUCAGCCCCGGGCAGCUCUCGGGCGACGCCGCCGCUGUCAAAAGGGGCAGUCAUUGAUGGGAAGGUCUUAGCCAUAUAGUAUCAUCAGUGAGAAAGGAAGUGUAAUUUCUGCUCAGUCAUGAGCAGUGCUAGUAAUGCACUGGCACGUGAAUUUUUGUCAGAUGUCAGCCACCUUUGCAAUGCAGUGGACCAGAGGGCAGAGGCCAGGGAGGAAGAAGAGGAGAAAACGCACAUAGAAGCACUUGGACAGUACCUUGUUCAAGGUCAUGGAUUUAUUUUGCUCACUAAACUUAAUUCCAUCAUUGAUCAGGAGCUGACCUGUCGAGAAGACCUUCUUACUCUCCUCCUCUCUCUUUUGCCAUUGGUAUGGAAAAUACCUGUACAAGAAGAAAAGGCAAUGGAUUUUAAUCUGCCCUUUUCUGUUGAUAUAUGCUUGACCAAAGAAGUAAAUCCAAGUUCUCUGAAAUUUGCUCAGGAAAAACAAAGCGUAGAAGAAAGCUGUCACCCAUCCACUCAGGCUUCUUUAAAAUUAAAUUCUUCCCGAAAAAGCAGACGUCAGCGCAAAACCACCCAUCGAUAUUCUGUGAGGGAUGCAAGGAAAUCCCAGCUAUCAACCUCUGAUUCAGAGGGCAAUUCAGAUGAGAAGACUUCUGUAAUGAUGAAGCAUAGAAGGUCCCAAUUCCUGCAGCCUUUUCUAACAAAUCCACCUAAGGAACAGUACACUGCUGGCAGGGGUAGCUUUUCAGAAACUGAAGAGGUCCAGAAUUCUAGUAGGAAGAAUAUGGAAGACUCCAAAAAGAUCAUUCCAGUUCAAGAAACCAGUUCAGAAACUUUGAGUGAGCCAGCUGCAUUAUCUGCUGACAACUGUGAGAACUCUCCCUUUGACUUGUGUCACAUCUUGUUAUCAUUGUUGGAAAAAAUAUGUAAGUUUGAUGCUGCCUUGAACCACAAGCCUGCUCUAGCAGCAAAUGUCAUAUCCACGUUAACAGAACUCUUGUCCAAACUUGCAGACUGUUACAAGACAAGCUGUGCUGCAGAAAAUGAAGUUGUUUCCUUGAGCUGGACUGAGGAAUCCGUUGCUCUGGUUCAGAGGAUGCUUUUUAAAACCGUAUUGCAUCUGAUGGCUCUAGAUGUAAACAGUACUGAGACUAUGCCUGGCAAUUUGAGAAAAAAUCUUACUGAUUUACUUAAAGCAGCUUUGAAAACUAAAUGUUUGCUGGAAAAACAGCAUGAUCCUUUUGCCUCAAAACAAAGGAGACCUUCACAGAAGGGGGUUCAGGAUGGCUGUGUGUUUUCAAGAUAUUGUCACAGAGCCCUCCUUGCGCCUGAGUGCGUGGAAGGAGUUUUGCAAAUUUUAAUCUGCUGCCUUCAGAGUGCUGCUUCAAAUCCACUUUAUUUUAGACAGGCAAUAGAUCUAGUUCAUGAGUUUAUACAACACCAGGGGUUCAAAUUAUUUGAAAGCACAGUGCUGCAGAUGGAAUGGCUGGUUGCUGGGAGCUCUGAGGUACACCCAGAGGUGUCGGAUUAUCUCAGGGCUCUAAUCAACAGUAUCAUGAAAAUAAUUAGCACUAUCAAAAAAGUAAAGUCAGAACAACUUCAUCAGUCAGUGUGUGCAAGAAAACGACACAGGCGAUGUGAGUAUUCCCACUUCAUGCAUCACCACAGAGACCUCUCGGGGCUGCCAGUUUCUGCUUUUAAAAACCAAGUCUCCAAAAACCCAUUUGAGGAAAUGGUAGAUGGAGAAGUUCAUUAUCCUGACAGGUGCUGCUGCAUUGCUGUUUGUGCUCAUCAGUGUCUGCGUUUACUGCAACAAGCUUCUCUUCCCAGCACAUGUUUUCAGCUCUUAUCAGGCAUCCAUAAUGUUGGGAUAUGUUGUUGCAUGGACCCAAAGUCUGUAAUUGUUCCCUUGCUUCACUCUUUCAAAUUACAGUUCUUAAAAAACUUUCAGCUGCAUAUAUUAACUGUCCUUAAUAAGUUUAUAUUGGACCAAUUGGGUGGAGCUGAAGUUCCUCAGAAACUGAUGCAGACCACUUGCAACAUUUGUACCAUUGACUGUGACCAAAUUGCUGAACUAGAGGCUGCCCUGCAGGGGAAUGCUGCUUCAGCUCCACAUAGGUUUCAAGGAAUUUUGCCUAGCAGAGGAUCUGAGGACGUGCUGCUCAAAUGGGAUGCCUUGGAGGCUUACCAAAGUCUUGUCUUUGAAGAAGAUGACAAGCUGCGUUGCAUGCAAAUAGCUGGUCAUGUUUGCAGUUUGAUCCAAAAAGGCAACCAAGUGAUUCAGUGGAAACUGUACCAUUAUAUAUUCAACCUGGUGGUCCAGAGAGGUGUUGAAUUAGCUCAUCACUCCCAGCAGCUAGGUGUUGUCACACCCCUUGGUCAGAUAGGUAGCUGCCACAGAAGGUGUUUGCCACCAGAAGUGCUCCAGAUCUAUUUACAGACACUGCCUGCACUGUUUAAAUCCAGAAUCAUACGAGAGUUGUUCUUAAACUGCAAUGGAGUGAAUCAAAUGACUGAAUUAAAUUACUUGGACUGUGUACGAAGUUAUUCAUUGAAAGCAUUUGAAACAUUAAUAUUUUGCCUUGGAGACCAGCAGACUGACCAAGUGAUACCUGAACUAGAUAGUUUAGACAAUGAACAAAAGAAGUCUACAUUAGAUCUUGGUGUUUCAGUUCAUAGGCAGCAAGCCACUUCAGAUACGCCUCAGAGCUUGAGCAAAUUUUAUGCUGGCCUCAAACAAGAUUAUCCAAAGAAGAAGAAAUCAGUAAAUCCUGAUGUACAUAUUAACGUGAUAAACAUAUUUCUAUGUGUUGCUUUUUUGUGUGUCAGUAAGGAAGCAGAUGCUGAUCGAGAUUCAGCUAAUGACUCUGAAGAUACUUCAGGGUAUGAUAGUACUGCGAGUGAACCUUUGAGUCAUGCGCUGCCAUACCUGUCUCCAGAGAGUCUUACUUUGCCUUCCUCAGAACAUAUCAACAGGGCAGCAGACAUUUGGUCAAUGUGUUGUUGGAUCUAUUUGUAUAAUUCUGUUUUCCAAAGACAGUUCCAUAGACUUGGUGGCUUUGAAGUAUGUCAUAGAUUAAUUGUCAUGAUUAUUCAGAAACUUGCCAAAAAAGGAGGAAAGGAACAAGGUGAACAACCCUCCAGUGGAAAUGGUAAAUGUCCAACUGAACAUUCUAAUGCUGAGCCUUCUGACAGAAAUGUCUCCUCACAAUUGAUUCUGAGAAAAGAGAUGAAUCAAUCAGAUCAUGACAGUCUUGAUGUGAAUCUUGAGCAUGGAAGACAGCCUCAGUGGGUUUCCUGUGACCAUUCAAGUGCGGAACAAUUGUCAACAGAUGGCACUGCAGAUUCAAAAAAGGCUUUAAUGCAGGAAAAUGAAUGGUCACUUCAGAGUAUAAGACUUUUGGAAGCUCUGCUAGCAAUUUGUUUACACAGUGCAAAUAACUUUCAGCAGAAGACUGAAACUGAGUUUCUUCUCCAGAAUGUUUGUGUGGAAGACAUAUUACUUGAAAUGAGGGACCAGCUUGCAAAAUCUAGAAUAAUGGAUACUGAAUUGGUGAAACCCUUGUUUGAUUCAUUGCUUCGAGUUGCACUGGGGAUGUGCUUUGCUGAUCUGGAUCACUCUGAAGAGAAAAAGGAAAAGGUUCAUCAGACUGAAAAGGAGGCCGUGCCUCAGCCUGGUGACUUAUCUGAAGAAACUGAAGAAUCACAGUGCUGUAGCUUUAAUGUUUUUGCUGAGGAAGAAGGUUACGAUGCCGACAGUGAAAGCAAUCCUGAUGACAGUGAAAGCAAGGAUGAAGGAGCAGAUGUGAAGACAGAAAAAGGAUCCUUUGGUUAUUCCAGUUUUCACAGUGACAUAGCUGAAAACCUUGCCCAGGGGGAAUUAAUAUACCCUGAAAUCUGCAUGUUGGAAUUACAGUUACUCACUGUUGGCAGCCCAAGCCUAGACAUACUCACCCAUGUCUUCCAGAGUUUCUUGAAAGUAAUCAAGCUGAAAGAAAAAAAUGCAACAUUACUUAUUCAGCAGGGAGUUGUGAAGAGUCUCUUGGGAGGAUUUCACCACAUUUUGACACAGAUUGAUUCCAGCUUUCAGGUGUGCCAGGAAGUAUUGGUAGAUCUCUUGGUAUCUCUGAUGGGCUCAAGAAUAUGUUCAGAAGAGCUAUCCCUUCUCUUACGAAUAUUUUUAGAAAAGUCACCAUCUACGGCCACGCUGCUUAAAGGCAUUCUGAAGAUUUUGGAUGUGAAUACUGAGAUGAGGCCUUUGCAACAAAUUUCAUUUCCUUUGCAUCAUAUCUCCAAUAUAGGUAGCAGCCCUUUGCAAAAAUCCACCCUUGCUUUCAACAGCAAGACCACAAGUGGACAAAGAAGAGCAAGGUUUGCCCAGAUAAAAAAGGAGGGAGAUGGUGAGAGCUUACCUCAUCAUCUUCUUUCUUCAUGGCAUGUUGCUCCAAUCCAGUUGCCAUUGGUUGGUCAAAACUGUUGGCCACACAUGUCUGAAGGCUUUAGCAUCUCAUUAUGGUUUUAUGUGGAAUGUGUUCAGGAAGCACACAGUUCCUCAGAGAAAGCAAAAAGGAUGAAAAGGAGGAGCAGGUCGCUCAUUUCCCACGAUAGCAUUUUUGAUGAUACAGAAGAAAACAAAUCUGGAGUGGAUUACCUGAGUUUGGGAGACAAGCUUCUUGAAGAUGGCUGCCUUCACAUAUUUUCAUUGGGUUCCAAAGCGCUGAUGAUACAAGUGUGGGCUAAUGUGAAUACAGGAGCUUUCAAAUUUCGUAUGUGUGUGGAUCCAAAUGAUGAGAUGAAAGCAGGGCUGCUAGCCCAAGAUGAAACAUCUGGGAACACUUUUCUUCUAGGCAAGUGGCAACAUUUGGCUUUGACAUACUUAGAACAGCCCGAAAGCAAGAAGAAUAUCCAUGGAACACUGUCUCUAUGGAUUUCUGGUCAAAGAAAACCUGACAUUAGUUUAGAUUAUACACUCCCAAGGAAAACAAGUCUAUCAUCUGAGAGCAAUAAGACCUUCUGUAUGACUGGGCAUUAUACAUCAUCCCAAGAUGAAUUCUUGCGAUUGUCUGGCAGAUGGGACCUGGGAAAUCUUCUUCUGUUUAAUGGAUCAAAAAUUGGUCCAGAAGAGGCUUUUUAUCUCUAUGCUUGUGGACCAGACUUUAUCUCUGUAAUGCCUUGUAAAUAUGGCAAAACAAUUACUGAUUAUUCCAAAUACAUAGAUAAAGAGAUUCUGCAGUGUGAACAGAUGAAAGAAUUUUUAAUGACAAAGAGAAUGGUGGAUACAGGACCAUUAAUUGAGAGCCUUGCUGCUGUUUAUACCCCACGCUGCCCUGGCCACUACACAAUCUAUGAACCAGUAAUCAGACUUAAAGGUCAAGCAAAAACUAUACCUUCCCAGCGACCUUUCAGUUCAAAAGAAGUACACAGCAAUUUGCCAGAUCCUCAUUAUCUGAAAAUGCUACAGCCAGCUGAAUAUAAAGGUCUUCAGGGAAUACUGCAUGAGAUUGGUGGAACUGGGGCAUUUGUCUUCCUUUUUGCCAGGGUUGUAGAGAUCAGCAACUGUGAAGAGACUCAAGCUUUGGCUCUAAAAGUAAUACUUGCCUUAACAAAGCACAAUCAACAGAGAAUACAUGAGUUAGAAAACUGCAAUGGAUACUCAAUGAUUCAUCAGGUGUUGAUAAAACCUAAGUGCAUUGUUGGAUUUCACAUCUUGCAGACUCUUCUUGCAGGAUGCUGCAAUGAGAAAAUAAUUAAUCUAAAUGACAAUGGAGAAUUUACACUUGAUGUAGAGACUACAGCAAUAAUUCAAGAUGUUAAAUUGUUGGAAGAAGUAUUACUUGAUUGGAAGAUAUGGUCUAAAGCGCAGCAAGGUGUUUGGAAAAUACUCUUAUCAGCUCUAGAAAUACUUAUCCAAGAUAAUCACUGGCAACAGAUGUUUAACAUUAAACAACUUCUGAAAGCUCGAGUAGUACAUCACUUCUUGCUGACAUUUCAGGUGUUUCAGGAGCACAAAGAAGAACAUUUCAUAUCUAUACCUACUGAAAUUUGCAGAUCAUUUGUGAAAAUAAUUGAAGAAGUUCUUGGUUCUCCCCCAGAUAUGGAAUUGCUGACAUUGAUCUUCAACUUCCUCUUAGCAGUUCAUCCUCCUACUAAUACAUAUGUUUGUCACAAUCCCACAAACUUCUACUUUUCUCUGCACAUAGAUGGCAAAAUUUUCCAAGAGAAGAUUCAGUCAAUCAUGUAUCUGAGAAAUUCCAGCAGUGGGGGGAAAUCUGUUGACAGCCCAACAUUGGCUAUUACAAGUCCAACAGGAUUUUCUGCUGCACCUCAAGAAGGAAAUGAUUCUUCUGAAGUAAGUGAAUCUCUGACGACAAUUGCUCAGACACCUGAACAGCACUGUAGAAGCCUACCAGCAUCUCCUACUUCCUCUCCACAAAUUAAUCAAAAAAGGUUUAGUGGAAACUUGGGCAGAAGUGCGGAGAACUUGCAAAUAACUAGAAAGACUGGUCCAGUUGAGCCCUUGGAACAAAUUAAUGUUGGGAGAAACUCUGAGGUCUUUAGAAGAUUGCAGGAGGAGCACUUGAUCAGUAGCUGCGAGUCAGCAAAAACAGUAGUUGAUUUGGAAGAAAGGACUUGUGUAGAGACACAUGAUAUUGCAAAGGAAGGGGAGGAAAUGUUAGAUAACACCUGUGAAAUCCAAGAAACAAAACAGGAAAUGAAACAUAAGGAAGAUGGUUCUGCUCUUGAGAAAUUGCUACGACGUCCUAACGAUCUAAAGGGAUUGUCUUCCUUUCAGAAAAAUAGCAAUUUAGCAGGCUUGGGAUUAGCCUUUUCUUUUCAGGGUGGAUCCACUAUUGCUCGUUGGCCAAGUCUUGCUGACAAGAGUUUGCCUACUGAAGAGUGGGAACAUCUUACCUUUCCUUCAGCUGAAAGGGCACCUCAAAAAUCUGAGAAUGGUUCUGACAGAUCAACAGAAGAUUGUCUUGUACUCAUAUGUUGUGGCCUGUAUCGUCUCUUACGUGGAGUUCUCUUAAUCCUGCCAGAUGCCAUGCUUCAGGAUGUUAUGGACAAGCUUAUUCAGCCAGAUGUUCUUAUAGUUCUUGUAAAUCACCCAUCUGCUCUUAUACAGCAAAGAGUCAUUAAACUUUUGGAUGCAUAUUUCCACAGAGCAACCAGGGAACAAAAGGAGAGGUUUCUGAAGAAUCGAGGUUUCUCAUUGUUAGCUAACCAGUUGUAUCUCCACCAAGGCACUCAAGAACUUAUAGAAUGCUUUAUGGAAAUGCUGUUUGGACGACCAGUUGGCCUGGAUGAAGACUUUGAUCCAGAAGAUGUGAAAAAUGCAGGACUCUUUCAGAAGUGGUGUGUGAUUCCUGUUCUGGGGCUUCUGGAGAAUUCCCUCUAUGACAGCGUCUUGCUGCAUAAUUCUUUCUGCUUGGUGCUGCAGAUCAUAAAUUCCUGUUCUAAAGUGGCAGAUAUGCUGCUAGAUAAUGGCUUUCUAUAUGCCCUGUGUAAUACAUUAGCAGCCCUUAAUGGGUUAGAGGCCAGCAUUCUCUCAAGUGACUACGGGCUACUUGUGUGUGAUAUACAGCAACUAUUUGUAGCAGUGACGAUCCAUGCCUGCAGCUCUUCUGGUUCCCAGUAUUUUCGAAUUAUUGAAGAUCUCAUGGUGUUACUCAGAUAUCUUCAGAACAGCAAAAAUAAACAAACUCAGAAUAUGGCAGUUGCUUUGCAGUUCAGGGUUCUUCAAGCUGCCAUCGAGUUCAUAAAAACUACAGCAAAUCAAGAUACAGAAGAUCCAGGCAGUUCAUCCCAUUCACCUAUUUCACAUCAUCAGGCUAUAUUUCAAAAACGUAAAAGCAUUGCAGGUUCAGUUGCAAUGAAAGACUCCAUUGUUCCUCAUCGGCCAAGACAACAUUUCCAUUCCUACGGUCAUCUUCAGAUGCUUUCUUCCUUCAGUCUGUUAAAUUUGGAGUUGCCCCUCCAGUCCCCUCUUGGAUCUACUUUCUGUUCAUUCCUUACAGAAACAGGUAGAAAAUUUUCCCUUGCACAGUCGGACUCACUGCUAAUAAGGAUGCGUCUGCUUGCAAAUGAUGAACUCAAUCUAAUGAUGCAAAGAAGAAUGAGUCAAGAGAACCCUACUCGUGCCACUGAAGCAGAUCUUAUGCAGAGGUUACAGAGACUUACUGUUCUGGCAGCCAACAGGUUCAUGUAUCAAGAGCUUACUGAAGAUUGCUUUGAUAUGCUGGAAAUGUCAGAGGCCACUGUCCAGGAUAGAAUCCCAGUUUCACAGCCAGAACAGGCAGAAGAAGUUUACCAGCAGGAACUGCCGAAAAAUAAAAAUUAUUUCCUGCAAGAAAUGUUUCAAAUAAUGAUUGAAGGGAUUGGAUUAUCUGUUGGUACAAGCAGACCUAACACCCCAAGCCCACAGUGGAAGAGAAUUCUUUUGUCCUGCAAAGAUACAUUUCGAAUGCAGCUUGGAAGACUGCUGGUGCAUGCUUUGUAUCCAGGACGCUCUUUCCAAGAAAGAAAGCAAAUAUUAGAAAUAUUACCUACAAUUAAUCACCAGGAAAUAUUACGAGACUGUCUAAGUCCAACUUCGCAACAUGGGUCAAAGUUGUCACUCUACUUAUUUGAAUUGAUACAUGAGCACAAGGAUGAACUGACUGAAGAAGACCAAUUUUCAGUGGGAGCAUUUAUGAAUACACUGAAACUUUGUGGUCACAAAUGUUUUCCACUCAAUGUACCACCAAACCCAGACCUCAUAAAAACCAUGAAAGAGGACCAAAAAAAGCAUGAGGCAGAAGAAGAGAUGAACCGAGCUGCUUGGGAGAAGACCAUGGCUAAUAACCAGCAAACUCUUUUUCAGCGCCUGGAUUCAAAGUCAAAAGACAUUUCUAAAAUAGCUGGAGAGAUUACCCAGGCCGUGUGUCUGUCGCAAGGAAUAGAAAGAAAGAAGGUGAUUCAGCACAUCCGAGGAAUGUAUAAAACAGACCUGAGUGCCAGUAGACAUUGGCAAGAGCUUAUUCAGCAGCUUACACACGAUAGAGCACUCUGGUAUGACCCUGCAUCCUACCCAACGUCUUGGCAACUGGAUCCAACAGAAGGUCCUAACAGAGAGAGACGCCGCUUGCAGAGGUGCUACUUAACAAUUCCUAAUAAGUACCUUCUCAAAGACAGACAGAAAUCAGAAGAGGUUAUUAAGCUCCCUCUGGCAUAUUUAUUUGAAGAUAAAACACAUUCAUCUCAUUCUUCCACUGUAAAAGAUAAAGCAGCCAGUGAGCAUAUAAGAGUUAAUCGAAGAUGCAUCAGUGUUGCACCAUCUAGAGAGACACCUGGUGAAUUGCUGCUUGGUAAAUUUGGAAUGUAUUUUGUGGAAGACAAUGCUUCUGAUGCAGUUGAAAGCUCAGGUUUUCAUGGAGAAACUGAACCAGCAUCAUUUUCUUGGACAUAUGAAGAAAUCAAAGAAGUUCACAAGCGUUGGUGGCAGUUAAGAGACAAUGCUGUAGAAAUAUUUUUGACCAAUGGCAGAACAUUACUGUUAGCUUUUGACAACUCAAAGGUGCGUGAUGAUGUGUACCACAACAUCCUAACAAACAAUCUUCCUAAUCUUUUGGAGUAUGGCAACAUUACUGCAUUAACUCACCUGUGGUACACAGGACAGAUCACUAACUUUGAAUACCUCACUCAUUUAAACAAACAUGCCGGACGCUCCUUUAAUGAUCUCAUGCAGUAUCCAGUAUUUCCCUUUAUACUUUCUGACUAUACUAGUGAAACCCUGGACCUACAAGAUCCAACUGUUUACAGAAAUUUGGUCAAACCAAUAGCUGUACAAUCAAAAGAAAAAGAAGAUCGUUAUGUGGACACUUACAAGUAUUUAGAGGAGGAAUACCGUAAGGGAGCUAGAGAAGAUGACCCAAUGCCACCUGUGCAGCCUUAUCACUAUGGAUCUCAUUAUUCCAACAGUGGAACAGUACUUCAUUUCCUAGUUAGAAUGCCUCCUUUCACAAAGAUGUUUUUAGCUUACCAAGACCAGAGUUUUGACAUUCCAGACAGAACCUUUCACUCUACCAACACAACCUGGCGUCUGUCAUCAUACGAAUCUAUGACUGAUGUAAAAGAACUCAUCCCAGAGUUUUUCUAUCUUCCUGAGUUUUUGGUCAACCGAGAAGGAUUUGACUUUGGAGUGCGUCAAAAUGGGGAGCGAGUAAAUCAUGUCAAUCUUCCACCAUGGGCUCGAAAUGAUCCCAGAUUGUUUAUCCUGAUCCACCGUCAAGCUUUAGAAUCUGAUCAUGUUUCCCAAACAAUUUGCCAUUGGAUUGAUUUAGUGUUUGGGUAUAAGCAAAAAGGCAAGGCUUCAGUUCAAGCUAUCAAUGUCUUUCAUCCUGCUACAUAUUUUGGAAUGGAUGUGUCUGCUGUUGAAGAUCCAGUUCAAAGAAGAGCAUUAGAGACUAUGAUAAAAACAUAUGGACAAACACCUCGCCAGCUGUUCCACACUGCACAUGUCAGUAGGCCUGGAUCCAGACUUAUUAUGGAAGGGGAGCUGCCUGCUGCCAUGGGAUUAUUAGUGCAGUUUGCUUUCAGAGAAACAAGGGAACAUACAAGAGAGGUCAUAUAUCCGAGCCCUUUGCCUUGGAUCAAAGGCUUAAAAUGGGGAGAGUAUGUAGGUUCCCCAAGUUCCCCAGAUCCUGUUGUCUGCUUCAGCCAGCCACAUGGUGAGAGGUUUGGUUCCCUGCAGGCUCUGCCAACUAGAGCUGUUUGUGGUUUGUCCCGAAAAUUCUGUCUUCUUAUGAUCUAUAGCAAAGAGCAAGGUGUUAGAAGCAUGCAUAGUACAGAUAUACAGUGGUCAGCCAUUCUGAGCUGGGGUUAUGCCGAUAAUAUUUUAAGAUUGAAAAGCAAGCAGAGUGAGCCACCAGUGAAUUUUAUACAGAGCUCCCAGUUUCAUCAGGUUACAAGUUGUGCCUGGGUCCCAGACAGCUGUCAACUUUUUACUGGCAGCCGAUGUGGUGUCAUCACAGCAUAUAUGAACAGAUUCACUAGUAGUACACCUUCUGAGAUAGAAAUGGAGUCUCAAAUGCAUCUGUAUGGCCAUACUGCAGAGAUCACUACUUUGUUUGUCUGCAAGCCCUACAGUAUAAUGAUAAGCGUAAGCAAAGAUGGGACCUGCAUUAUAUGGGAUUUGAACAGGCUCUGCUAUGUGCAAAGUCUUGCUGGGCAUAAGAGUCCUGUGACAGCUGUGUCUGCAAGUGAAAUGACAGGUGACAUUGCAACAGUUUGUGAUUCAGUUGGAGGUGGCAGUGAUCUCAGGCUUUGGACAGUGAAUGGUGAUCUUGUGGGGCAUGUGCACUGCAGAGAGAUUAUAUGCUCUGUUGCUUUCUCUAACCAGCCUGAAGGAGUCUCCAUUAAUGUGAUUGCUGGAGGGCUAGAAAAUGGAGUUGUAAGGCUGUGGAGCACAUGGGAUUUGAAACCUGUACGGGAAAUUACAUUUCCUAAAUCAAAUAAACCGAUUGUGAGCCUUACCUUUUCCUGUGAUGGCCAUCAUUUGUACACAGCCAAUAACGAAGGAACUGUCAUAGCUUGGUGUCGCAAAGACCAACAGCGCUUGAAGCUCCCCAUGUUCUAUUCCUUCCUUAGCAGCUAUGCAGCAGGCUGAGGGCUCUUCAUCCUCCUCAAUCUCAAUUACUUUUGAAGCACUUUAAAUCCAGAGUAGAUUAUAGCCCUCUCUGGUUUAACUGGAUUUUGAAAUGCCAUUGAACAUCUUUCUGACAUGUGAGUAGAUAAGAGAUGCAUCAGUGAAAAGCUGCUUUGUACGCUCAUGCACCAAAUUUUUCAGCCAUAUCAUGGUUAUAGGGAAGUUCUGGUCCUGUGUCUUUUGGUGCCAGCAGAGUAGUAGAUUUGCUUAUCAAGAAGUCUAAAUGCUGCAACAUAUAAUGUAAAAAUGUUUUUAUGGAUUGUUUCAUGGACCCCCCAUAUGACUUUUGCUCCUUUGUGUUGUACAAAUAAAAUAGCAUUAAAAUACUUCAAAGGUUAA